AUGUACCUUGACGGGUGGCAAAAGGGCCCUGGGGGUACCCACACAGGGAGUGACGGUCCAAGACAGGGUGUGGUGGCGUCGGUGACUCAGGCGUUAGUUCCUGUAAGAGGGGGUGAGGUGCAGCAAUCGCUGCCGUUGAUUGGCCUCGGAGUCGCUAUCACUGUCGCUGCGGGAGCUCUUGCUGUGCGCUCGGGAUUGCAUGAUCUGGUCCGUGCCGCCUUGCUGCUGCGGCUGCAGGGUUUCUCGCAGAAGCAACACGACCAGAGACAGCAGCAGCAGGAGCAGGAGAAGGAGCAGCAGGGGGAGGGAAGUGAGCAGAACGUGGGAAGAAUGAACGAGCAGGAGUCGCUCCAGCGUGCGAAGGACGAGAAACGGCUAGAGUUUUCGAAAAGGGCUCUCAAGAACUACCUAGACCUGCAGAAACGAGAGGUCAAGCGGUCUGGCAUGGAAGGAGCUGCUCUGCGGCUCAAGAUGAAAAUGGCCAAGGCGAACGGGAAGGACCCUCUACCAUUCGCCCCGUUACAAGAUAAGAUGGGCCCGCGACGAAACGUGAUGGCCGAAAUCCGCAGUGUUGUGGCCGAGGCAGUGGCAGAGGUGGUAGAAGGAGAGGAAUGCAUGGUCGUACUUGAGAGGAGCAAGGCAUUGGUGAAGGACGCAGAGAGCACUGGGGAGCCGAUGGUAGUGGAGAAGGGGAUUAUUAUGGGAAACGAUACUGGUCGAGGGGCAGAGGAGGCGGGAAGAAUGAUUGAGAUGAUGGAGAAGGGAUGGUUUGGUGGAGCUGUUGAAGCAGAGUCAGGAAGAAUGACGGGUCCUGAAGAGGAUGAGUAUGGGCUGGGAGAGGUGGGGCCGGAGAAGGAUAUGGCAAGGGAGGAAGGGCCCACUGCACCUAAUGAGGUGGUGAACAAUGCUGCUGACAUUGACCUCAAUCAAGAUGAGGCAAUGGAUGACAUUGAGCUGGAUGAUAUUGAGGACUUGGACCUGGACCUUGGAGAUGAGCAUCACCAUGGUGAAGCUGAGAACCAUGAUGAAGCAGAGAACCAUGGUGAAGCAGAGAACCAUGGUGAAGCUGAGAACCAUGGUGAAGCUGACAACCUUGGGGAAGAGGAUAACACCGGUGGAAAGGAGGCCUCUGGUGAUGAAAAUGACUUCACUGAGGGUGAAGGCAUGACUUAUCCUAUUUCCGAGGAGAUUGUCCAACUCCAGGCUAAGGUGGCAACUCAGAAUAUCACCAUCCUGCAGCAGCAGACGUCCAUUGAUGGACUCAAAAAGCACACUCGGAACCUCGAGGCUAGACUGAGCAUAACCAUGAAGGAGGUUACUGAGUUCCGUCGCAGCCUGGGCACUAAGAACCGUGAAAUUGAGUGGCUUCAGAAGACUUGCAAUAAUCUGCAAGUAUCAUUCAACAAGCUCAAUGAGCAGGUGACCAAACUUAGGAGGGAGGGUAUCUACGAACCUCCUGCUGGGCGUAGGCCCGCUCCUGCUGCUCAGUCGGCACCCGCUCCGCCCGCACCCCCAGCGGUAGGCGCUGCGACGGCUAUGCAUCAGCCACCUCCAACUGAGACCUCGCCCUUUGGGUCUCUCUCGGCGCCUCUGCCUGAGUUUAACCAUCGCAAGACGGAGGUGCAGCCUUGGCUUGAUCUGGUGAAUGAAACCAUGAUCCUUGCGAAUGUGCGUCCUGAGGCUCGCGUUACUGCAGCCACUCGUGCAUUGGACGAGGUGGCCCGCAGGGCAGUGUAUGGCGCUAAGAAGCAGGCGCAUGGACCAUUUGGGUGGCCGGAGUUUUGCACCGCGCUGAAAGAGGCAUUCAUGGUCAAGAAGUCCGACCCGGAACUGCGCGGACGCCUUGAGCAUAUCAAGUGUCAUGACCGUCCGGUGCAGGAAUAUGCGGUCGAGUUGGAGGCCGCAGCACGCUCGCUCCAGAAGCCCUUGUCUGAGGAGGAGAUGAUGCACCUCUUUAUGAAAGGCCUCCCUGUCAACCUGCAAGAGGCACACAUGAUUGGCGGCAUGACCAAUUGGACGACUUACAAGGAGCUGAAGGAGCAGGUGAUCAAAACUGACACCGUCAUUCGCACAUAUAUCCAUGGUCCUGCAAAGGCGGACCAGCAGCCCCGUGCUGAGGGCUCCGGUGGUCGUGGGAACCGGCCCCAGAACGCCAAUGUCGGAGGCGGUUCGAAUAAGCGACCUUUCCAGCAGCGUGAGCACCAGCCUGGACCACAGGCCAAGAGGGCUAACGGGGGGGGAGGUCAUGGCCCUAACAAGCCGGACUUCUCCAAGAUGCGGUGUCACGGCUGUGGAUUUAUUGGACACAUCCAAAAGCAGUGCCGUAACAAGAACCCAAUCAAGUACUCUUGGAAGCCGAAGCCAGGCGGCGCGGGACCUUCUGGAAAGAAGGAUUUUCAGAAGCCCAACUAG